AUGACUCGCACAUCCUCCUCCUCGAUUCCACUCCCUAUGACUGCCACAGCAGCCAUCGAAUCUCGACUCUCCUACUCGGAUUCGCCCUUCGCAGGAGAUAUGGCCGAGCAGUUGGUCGCCACGGCGCCAGACGAGUCCCUGGACAACACGUCUUCUUCGCAACGAGAUGCCGAUGGAAAGCCUCAAAAGUACCCUCGAACCUCCGCAUCUCUGGGCUCUUUGCCCAGCUGUUGGAGGAAGAUGCUUGCUAACAUUGACAUCUUCUCGACCAUCCCAGAGCCGAAGAAUAUCUCUAAAAGGGUACCUGCUCGUGCACCUUACCGAGUCCUAGUAACCGCAGUUUUGGUUACUGACGUUUGA